GAAUAUUCUCAUCUCCGUGUGAACUAACUACAUAAAAGUUUCGGAGGCAAUAAACUCCAAACAAACUAAAAUAAUAAAAAACUAAUUAUUAAAACUCCACAAACCAAUACGGCAAUACCCAUCACGUCCAUAUGAGAUCUCCAAUUCCCCUAUAAAUACUUUGCAGCUUCUCUUUUCCAACUUACACCGAAAAUAAGAGAAACCAAUAAAGGCCCCAAAAGAAGAAAGAAUCUUUGUUUUAAUUUCUCCCAUUUUCUUAGAACAAAAGAUCAAUGGCUCCCAACCAUUCUAAUGAAAACGGCUCUAUAGGGAGCUCCUUGCAUGGAGUCACGGCAAGGGAACAAAUCUUCUGCUUCUCCGUUGAAGAUGGCCCUUCGUCUCAAGCCAUCCGAUCAGAUGAUCCGACGGCUAAGUUUGCCUUGCCAGUUGACUCAGAACAUAGAGCAAAAGUGUUCAAACCACUCUCAUUCGCCAAACCACACAUGCGAGCCUUCCAUUUAGGAUGGAUCUCUUUCUUCACCUGCUUCAUCUCCACCUUCGCGGCCGCACCUCUGGUCCCUGUCAUCCGUGACAACCUUGACUUGACCAAAACUGAUAUAGGAAACGCUGGAGUCGCAUCCGUCUCUGGCGCCAUUUUCUCAAGACUCGCUAUGGGUGCUGUAUGUGACCUUCUAGGUGCACGUUACGGCACUGCUUUUUCUCUCAUGCUCUCAGCUCCAGCUGUUUUCUCGAUGUCUUUCGUAGCUGAUGCUGGAAGCUACUUAGCCGUGCGGUUCAUGAUUGGUUUUUGCUUAGCGACAUUCGUGUCAUGCCAAUACUGGACUAGCGUUAUGUUCACUGGAAAAAUUAUUGGGCUCGUCAACGGAUGUGCUGGAGGGUGGGGAGAUAUGGGAGGUGGCGUGACUCAGCUACUCAUGCCAAUGGUCUUCCACGUCAUUAAACUCACCGGAGCCACUCCUUUCACGGCGUGGAGGUUCGCCUUCUUCAUCCCCGGAUUUCUUCAGAUCAUUAUGGGCAUUCUAGUCCUUACUCUCGGCCAAGAUCUCCCCGACGGUAACCUCAGUACUCUCCAGAAGAGUGGUCAAGUUUCCAAAGACAAGUUCUCCAAGGUUUUCUGGUUCGCUGUGAAGAACUAUAGAACAUGGAUCUUGUUCGUUCUUUACGGAUUCUCUAUGGGAGUUGAAUUGACGAUCAACAACGUUAUAUCUGGAUACUUCUACGAUAGGUUUAACCUAACGCUUCACACAGCCGGUAUAGUAGCAGCCAGCUUUGGUAUGGCAAACUUCUUCGCACGUCCCUUCGGUGGUUACGCCUCAGAUGUAGCUGCACGACUUUUUGGCAUGAGAGGACGGUUAUGGACCUUGUGGAUCUUACAAACCGUUGGAGCUCUCUUCUGCAUCUGGCUCGGCCGUGCUAGUUCACUCCCUAUAGCUAUAUUAGCCAUGAUGCUCUUUUCCGUUGGCACACAAGCCGCCUGCGGAGCCCUCUUCGGCGUUGCACCUUUUGUUUCACGCCGUUCUCUUGGCCUUAUCUCUGGAUUAACCGGCGCUGGAGGAAAUUUCGGGUCGGGAGUUACUCAACUUCUUUUCUUCUCCUCAUCAAGGUUUAGUACAGCCGAAGGACUAUCGUUGAUGGGUGUUAUGGCGGUCGUGUGUACCAUUCCGGUUGCAUUUAUCCAUUUUCCGCAGUGGGGAAGCAUGUUCUUGAGGCCAUCACAACACGAAGAGAGAUCAAAGGAGGAGCACUAUUAUGGAGGGGAAUGGACAGAGGAAGAAAAGAGCUUAGGACUACACGAGGGAAGCAUUAAAUUCGCUGAAAACAGCCGGUCAGAGAGAGGCCGGAAGGCAGUGUUGGCUGAUAUUCCAACACCGGAGACUGGAAGUCCGGCUCAUGUCUAGUGAAGGAUAAUCACGUUAAGUCUUUUUUUUUUCCACAUAUAAAUAACCGUCAAAGUUAGCUUUAUGUUUUCUUGUUUUGUGUUUACUAUUCCGAAAGAUGUACCGAGUAAGAUCCUGACUUGAUAAGUGAGGUUCAGUGAGCCCGGCGCUCUAUGUUUUAUAUGAAAAAGCCAUGUCUUUUUAAAAGUCGUACAAAAGUCAAAUUUGUUGUUCAACCAAUAUAUCAAGUACGGAAAAAGAGACGCAACUAGUCAUAACUUAAAAGAGUCUACAUGAAGAAACCAUUAUUCCUCGGGGAGAGUCGUAGAGAUAGAUAUAAAGAAAAACGAAAGAAAAAAGCAAUUGACUUUAGUACUCUUUACGUCUCAGAAACAUAUCGCAUUAACCGUAUCUGGAAAGAGUAAGAAGAAACUAAACUAAUAUGCAAUGUGAAGAACUUAAAUUUAGAGAGUUUUCAAACAAACAUUACAAGAAAGCUAUGCUAUGAGAUUUUUAUCUGUGAAAGGCGCUAGAAGCUUAUCUUUCCACUUCCACCACACGUUAUACAAGAUCGUGUUGAUGAACAUUUAGUGCAGUAGCUCCAUUUCUUUGGAAGCCUAAGAAAAAAUGUAAUUUUGUUGAGAAUAAAUAAAAAAAAAACAAAAGAAAGA